AUGGGAAAAAUUAAGAUAGGAAUCAACGGGUUUGGAAGAAUUGGGCGAUUAGUGGCGAGAGUAGCAUUGCACAGUGAUGAUGUUGAACUCGUUGCUGUGAACGAUCCGUUUAUUACCGCUGAAUACAUGACAUACAUGUUCAAAUACGACAGCGUUCAUGGACAAUGGAAAAAGCAUGAGCUCAAAGUUAAGGAUUCUAAGACCAUUCUCUUCGGUGACAAGCCAGUCACUGUCUUUGGUGUUAGGAACCCAGAGGAGAUUCCCUGGGGCGAGGCUGGAGCCGACUAUGUUAUUGAGUCCACUGGAGUUUUCACUGACAAUGAAAAAGCUGCUGCUCACUUGAAGGGAGGUGCAAAGAAAGUAGUUAUUUCCGCCCCAAGCAAGGACGCUCCCAUGUUUGUUGUUGGUGUUAAUGAGAAGGAUUACAAGCCGGACAUUAACAUUGUUUCUAAUGCUAGUUGCACAACCAAUUGUCUUGCUCCUUUGGCAAAGGUUCUUAAUGACAAGUUCGGUAUUGUUGAGGGUCUCAUGACAACUGUCCACUCUAUUACUGCAACUCAGAAGACUGUUGAUGGUCCAUCAAUGAAGGACUGGAGAGGAGGUAGAGCUGCUUCAUUCAACAUCAUUCCUAGUAGUACCGGAGCUGCUAAGGCUGUUGGGAAAGUACUUCCCUCUCUGAACGGAAAGCUUACUGGAAUGGCUUUCCGUGUUCCAACUGUUGACGUCUCAGUUGUUGAUCUCACUGCGAGGAUUGACAAGGCAGCAUCAUAUGAUGAAAUUAAAGCUGCUAUUAAAGCUGAGUCUGAGGGUAAAUUAAAAGGGAUCCUUGGUUACACUGAAGAUGAUGUCGUAUCAACCGACUUUGUAGGCGAUAGCAGGUCAAGCAUUUUCGAUGCCAAGGCAGGAAUUGCUCUAAAUGGAAACUUUGUGAAGGUUGUCUCUUGGUACGACAAUGAAUGGGGUUACAGUAACCGUGUUAUCGACUUGGUUCGUCACAUGGCAUCCGUUGCUUGA